AUGAUCCUUCCACUGGCAGCAAUAAGUAUUCUGAUAAAGCUCAGUGUGGCAGUUAAUCCUUGUACAAAUAACACACAUUCUGAUGGGUGUAGUAUUCCCGGCGAUCUCCCUUUCUUUUACAAGGAAACAUUCACACCCAACUGUAACCAACACGACAUCUGUUAUUACUGUGCAUUACACUACGGGUUGGGCCGGCACGACUGUGAUGAUCUAUUUCUGAAGAAUAUGGAGGCUUCAUGCAAUCAUUUGGACCAGAAACGCUUUCUGUUUGGAAGUGACACUAACACUCACCACACCCACCCUGCAUGUAUGACUGCAGCCUUUGUCUACUAUGAGGCAGUGUAUUUUGGCGCGGAGAGUCACUUCGAGCAAGCAUCGCCAUCCUGGUGUGGUGAGAGUUGGGUCCGGCAAUGUUUACCAUAG